GAGAGUAUUAAUGCUGGAGAUUCUAAAUUAUGUUAUCCAAAAAUGGGUAAAAACAUCACUUGCUUUAUGAACACACAUGUUGAAAAUGUUUCUUCUGUACCAGCUAGAUUUUAUGGUGAUUACAUGCACAAAUCACUCGCCAUAUAUGGUGGUCAUAUAUUAAUACCUCAAUGUGUUGUGAAUUCAGUUGGAUGUGUGAAUUCUAAUGAAAAUGAUGUGAUUCAGGUACAAAAAAGGUUUGUUGAAUUAUUGUAUAGAAUUACUGCUUCGGGAGUUAUGGCUAGACGAAGCUUGUUGUCAAAUCGUGGCAUAAUAAUGAAUGUUCAAUCUGUGGAGAAAGGAGAAGCUAGUAUAAUAAUUAAGUUUGAAAAGAGAUAUUAUUUGACAGUUAUCGCAAUG